CUUUGCGUCCAGUGAGCAAUUAUUAUUGUGAUAAAAAUAAAUUUCGGCCGGAUUUCGUGAUGUGCCGGGUUUUGUAAUUAUAAAAAUGAGCGGGGUAAAGCACCAGCGUUUGCGCUAUUACACCUCCUUGGAGGAGGCCAUGCUGGUUAGGGUGUGGCGCGAGCACCUUCCGAUUCCCUCCUACACGGAUAAUCUGCCAAUUUUCCGUGAAAUCGCCGAUGCACUGCAGAAAAAUGGAAUUCGGCUAAAUAAGCAGGAGGUUCGCCGGCGCAUCAACAACUACCGCAAUAAGUAUUUAAACGAACGCAGCCGCAUAGAGGGUAAUCCUCAGUAUAAAUCAGAGUGGCGCCUCUAUGCGCUGGUGCACUCGAUCUUCCAGCCCACGCACCCCACAGCGGACGUCCAUGAGGCGCACACGGUGCUGGAGGCAGCCGCCACGAGGGCUCGGGCUGACCUGCCCGCCCUGCCCCCCAUGAUAGUGAACAACACCAGCCAACUAAAGUUCGAGCGUGAUCCGGAUGGGUGCGCUUUUCUGGAUGCCGUGCCAUGCUACAUUCCACCAACCGUGGUGAAGAACGAACCCUACAACGAGCCCUACAAUUUGGUCAAGACGGAGACCAAGCCCACAGGGGCUGAACUCACGAACGCGGUGACUCUCUAUCCGUUACCGCGGACUGUGGAGGAUCUAUUACGCCGGUCACCACUGGCGCCUGCUAAUCACCAGCUGCCUGAUAUGCCACUGACUGCCAAAAUCAAUGGCCUGCCGGACGCGAAGAAGAGACGCGGAAGACGCAGUAUAUUGCCACGCCACGGCCAAGUCACAAUGGCCCAGGUGGAGCAGCUGCGCAAAGAAAACCAAAUGCUGCAGGAGGAAAACGAGGCCAAUCUCCUGGAGCUCGAGCAGAAGGAGAAGCAUUUCCUUGCGCUGCAGCAAAGCUUCCAGACCUAUCUGGACCACCAAGUGAUCAUCCUUUCGCAGAUUAUGCGUCCAGGCAUAAAGCAAGAGCCGGGAUCUGGCUACUAGCAUCUGUUGGUGAAGAUUAGCCUGUAAGUUAGCUUUAGGAGACAAAUGCCCCCGGAAUCUGAGGCAUUUCCUCCUCCGUUCCUUUUCUCAAACAGACGUCUAGUUCAGUCAAUGUACAAAACAGCCUAGCGAACCGAAGAUAUUGAAUUUUUCUACCUUAUUUCUAAGAAACGAGAAGUAAACGUGAAUUGGACGUUUGAUGAAAUGAUCUUGUGUUAGGGGACGAUAACUUACCUGAGCACUACCUUAAUUUUUGUCUAAUUAAUGCAGAGCCACAAGUCUUUAAUUGAUAAGGAGUUUAAGAAUUAGACUUAUAUAACUAUAAGUGCCCAAAACAAGAAAAUGAACGCAACUGAAAGAGAAUAAAAUGUCGAUUUAGUUUGUUAA